UUUCACCCAAUCACUCAAUUCUUACACAAUUAAUUAGUUAAAUAAUAAUUACCUAAAAACGAAUGGUUGGUAUUUUUCGUAUAAAAGACACACUAGAAUCGUAUCAAGUCAGUUCAAUUCAAUCAACCAAAGAAAAAAUGUUUUCUAAAAUUUUAGCUGUUGCCCUUUUGGCCGUUUACGUCCAAGCCCAAGGACACGAAGGACAUGCCAAUUCGUACGUCUCCUACACUCAAGGGCACUCCGGAGGUUUAAGUUCCGGACUUGGAAGUUCCGGUUUAACUCUAAGCCACGCUGCUCCGGUCCUGGUACACAGUGCCCCAAGUCAUGAAGAAGAGCACCACUAUGCCCACCCCAAAUACCAGUUCAAAUACGGAGUUGAGGACAAACACACCGGCGAUAUCAAGUCGCAGGAAGAGACCAGAGACGGGGACGUAGUCAAGGGUUCCUACUCUCUCCAUGAACCCGAUGGUACCAUCCUGGUGGUCCAUUACACGGCCACCAAGAAAAGCGGGUUCAACGCUGUGGUGGAAAGGAAAGGACAUGCGGCGCACCCCCACCACCAUUAACCAAAUUUUUGUACUUGUUUUUAAUUAAAUAAAUUUUAUUUUUUUAUA